AUGAGACAAUCCAACUCUGAUGAAAGUGAGACGGUAGUCAUUGGACCCGAAGACAUCCGCGACUAUAACCCAGACAACAUACUCCCACUGCCAGCCAACAAGUUGUGUGAUAUUGAAAAGUGGUUACAGCCCACUCCAUACAACUUCGAACGAAGUGAAUUUUGCAGACAUCGUGCCUCAUAUCUCGCGGGAACCGGUACUUGGCUCAAGUCAACAAAAGUCUAUCAGCAGUGGCACUCAACAGCUUGUGACAACGGAUUAUUAUGGAUCAAAGGCAUUCCAGGUUCCGGCAAGUCCGUUAUGGCUGCUUCAAUCAUUGAUCAGCUAUGCAAAGAGGAUGUGCCGGUCAUUUAUUUCUUCUUUCGACAAAUCAUCGAUGCAAACCAUAAGCCAAUCGCUGCUUUGCGAGACUGGAUAUGCCAAGUGUUGCACUAUAGUCCUUUACUACAGGCCAAACUCGAGAAAUACCUCGAUGCAAGGAAGUCUCUUGAGAGCCUCUCUCUAAGUGAUCUUUGGAAAGACCUUAGGCUGGCGCUGGGGUCUAUCCCUAGGGCCUACUGCAUCAUCGAUGCCUUAGAUGAGAUGGACCGAGGGAACGAGAAGUUCCUACACGCUCUGGUAGAGCUAGGCCAGUGGCGUCCAUCGAAUUUGAAGGUGUUGAUGACUUCACGGCCAAUACCUUCCUUGGAGGCCUCACUACGAGGGUUCUCAAUUCCGCAGGUUCGCUUAGAAGAGCGACUAGUGGACCUCGACAUUGCCUCCUACGUCCAGUACAAACUUCGAAACUCGUCUAUCUCUGACGAAUAUUGGAGUAUGAUAGAAGAAGCGGUUCCCGGUCGGGCCAAUGGUUUAUUUCUGUUUGCAAAACUAGCAAUGGACGCCUUCUUAGAACCUGGCGCUGAUACGCAUGAGGUGCUCAAGACCUUACCGAUGGACCUUAACACCACAUAUAAUGAUCUAUUACGCGAGAAUGCAAAGCGUUCAGAUAUUCCAGCCGAGAUUCAGCUGCUUACCCUGCAGUUUGUGACUCAUGCGACACGGCCACUGCGUCUCCUUGAUAUUGCAGAAAUGAUGACCACUAUACGCACCCCAGAUCAGCCACGCAACCUGAAAGAAACCAAGGAAUUGGUAAGGGCCGCUUGCGACCCACUAGUUGAGAUUCUUCCUGAUGAGACCGUGUCAGUCAUUCAUCACUCAUUCACCGAGUUUCUAAAGGGGUUCACCCGCUCGAAGUUUUCGAAUGAUUCUGAGUACCCUGUCCUUCAACUUGGCCCGACCAAUCACCGCCUUGCGGUAGCCUGUUUGGACUAUCUCCAAUCGGGGUGUCUUGAAAUCCUAUGGGAAAGGAAACACAUGGCUCAUACUUCCUGGAAGGAAGAAAAGGCAAAGAAAAGUGAAGUGCGAUUACAAUAUCCAUUCUUGGAAUACGCUUCAAAGAACUGGUACACACAUAUACUUCGAGCAGCAGAAGCAGGCUCAGAUAUUUCUUCCUUUAACCCUGUUAUUGAUAACUUGUUUUCUGAUUCAAGGAGAUGUAAACUUUGGCUUCAUCUCGCGUGGCCCGGUAUACGCAUCGAAAACAUCUCACCACUCCACAUCGCCGCUAAGACUGGGCUGGCCCAGUAUGCAAAUUAUAUCCUCGAGACCGGUAACAUUCUGGUUUCGAACAAGGAUCUUGCAAGUGAUUGUAUGGAACUGGCUGCAUUUCAUGGACAUGCAGAUGUGGUUCAGGUUCUCAUUGAUCAUGGGGUCAACCCAAAUAUUGAGAUCUACGAAGGCUUAAAGCCCCUACAUCGAGCUGGUGAGUACAAUCAUGCUGAUCUAGUCAAGGUCCUACUCAAUGCUGGGGUCGAUCCUUUGACCGCCAAAGACACGAGUAGGGUGAGCAGAUCUAAUUACUGGAAAGGCCACACGGCAUUGAUGUAUGCUUGCCGUGGCGGUCAUAUUGAGGCUGUUGCCGAGUUCCUGCCGUUUCUUCAGAAUCGCGAGCACCUUCACCGAGCUCUUCAUUGGGCAGCGGAAAAAGGGCAGGGAGACGUCGUGAAUCUACUUCUCCAGCAACCUGAUGUCGACGUCAAUGCGAUAUUGCGAGAGAGCACCGCACUGUUCAAGGCAUGCAGGUCCAUGGACCUCAAAACCAUCCAAGUCUUGGUAGACGCCGGCGCAGAUCCAAAUAUCUUCGGCCAUAAUUCCGGAAGCGAGUUUGUGCCGCGGGGGCUAGGGAUGAUGGCCUCAGCAACCACACUCCCCCCGAGCAUGGACCGUAGUAGGAGACUCACACCUCUACAUAUUCUGAUAGAAUCUCCCAUCAGACCCAACAAAGCUUCGCCCCAAUUCGCAACAUUGUUACUGAACGCAGGUGCGAAUCUGCACCUAACAACUCCAGAAGGAUCAACGGCUUUACACCUUGCCUGUGAAUUCAAUAUCAGCCUCAUCAAACCCCUGUUAGAAGCAGGUGCAGACCCCACUGCCGAAAACAAUGCUGGUGAAACACCGAUUCACAAAAAGGGAAUAGCGAAUCGAGAGACUUUGGACCUGCUUCUAGCGAGUGGUAAAGUUGACAUCAAUAAAUAUCGAAGCACAGAUGGCAAGACGCCACUGCUUUGCCAUAUUGCGCAUUUCGGCUGCGACGAGGCUCUCCAGUUUCUGGCGUACAAGCCAGAUGUCAAUGCCAAGGACCUUGAUGGAAAUAGUGCUCUGCAUUUGCUUCUUCACAGCCAAAUUAACAAUGAUGUACUCGGCGCUUUAUUGUCCGCGGGCGCUGAUCCAAAAGCCAGGAACAAACGAGGCAAUACGCCGCUGCACGAAAUCCAUGCUGGUGCAAAAAUUUCUACUGUUGAGAAACUUAUGCACGCUGGUGCGGACCUUGAGUCUCGAAACAACAAGGGCGAGUCGGUUUUGUUUGCUCAAUUCGGAUCAAAAUCACAUGGAAGAUAUGCUUUAGACCUUGUCAGCAUACUUAUCAACUUAGGUGCCCGGAUUGAUUGCCGUGACAAUCAGGGUCGAACCUUGUGGCAUCGCAGCAUUGAUCAGAAAAGUGGGACCAGGCGGCUUCAAAGCUCUGACAAUAUUAGACACCUAGAUCUUCUCAAAAAAGUUGGCUUAGACCCUCUGAUGGCGGACUACGAAGGGAACACGCCUCUGCAUCAAGCUGCUUUUGACAAAGGCAUCAAAGAGAAACUGGAAUUCCUGAGAUCCCUGAUCAGUAUGGGCAUGGAUUUAAACCAGGCCAAUGACCAAGGCAGAACAAUAUUACACGUUUUGUGCUCUUUCAACGAUGACGAUUCGCGCGAUGGCCCGAGAAAACAAGCCAUUUCUUAUGUUCUCAAGCUCUGCUUUAGUCCGAGUCCGAGUGACAUCCAGGGGAUUCAGCCAAUACAUCUUGCUGCGACCAUCUCAGAAAGUCUUGUUCAUAUGCUCCUCAAUGCUGGAGCUGAUCUAUUGGCAUCCACCCACGAAAAGAUGACAGUUCUCCAUCUUGCUGCGCGCUCCCGUCAGUCUGGCAUCGUGGGCAUGGUACUCUCUCAAAUCUUCAAGCUCGAGAACAUGGCGCGCAUCCAGUUUGUCAAUCAAACUGACACGGACCAAAAAACAGCGCUCCAUUAUGCAUGCCGUUCCGGUCAGCUGGAAUCUGUCAAGUCAUUGCUUGAAGCUGGAGCAGAUCCCAAUGCUCUUGACAAGAACGGGAUGCCCCCCUUUGCGUCGUCGGCGGAGUUUGAAGAAGAAGCCACGUUAUGGGAACAUCACCCUUCAAUGACAGGACUGAAUGCUGCUGGUCUCACGGUGAUGGAUAGAUCUCGUCCAUUCAAUGACCCACCUGAAGUCAAAGCCCCAUCCCGAAAACACUCAGCUCAUAGUGGCCCCAGUUUGGUUAUCACAGAGCACCAUACUACGCGAGUGGGUGAUAUAAUGGACCUACUGAUCGAGUAUGGUGCUAUCCUUGAUAGUGCUUCUCACGCUUUGAAAGCUGUCUGGCUCAAAGCAGUGGAGGGUGGACAUGGCUAUACUGUGUCUUGCCUAGAGUCCAGGCUUGGGUGCUUCCCCGAAACAAAGAAAGUUACCGAUCAUCCUGAUCUUCAAUUAAAAAUCCUCAUGGUCCAUGAUAAAUAUGAUGUAGCCAAGGAGGCUUUGAGAGAGGAAGUCAAGCAUAAAGAAGGGCAAGGACAACCGGAAGCCCAGGUAUCCUCGGCUUUGGCAGAGACUCUGAAGACUGCAUUGGCAUCCAGAUAUUACGACCUAUUUGAAGAGGUUGCUGCGAGUAAAAGGUAUCUAUCUCUUCACCAGAAAUGUGGCGAUACGGCUUUGAAUACUCUUGCAAAUGGGGGCUUUAGUGACAUUCUCGCUCGAGUUUGUACCCCAGAAAUCGCGAGAAAAUUGGAUGACACAGGCCGUUACAGAAGGCAAGAUGCAGAAAAGGAAGGGCGUAUCACUAGGUCCUUUUCACCUUUGAUAAUAUCCGCCUGCACUCGCCGACUUCCUAACAUGCGCGUCCUGAAGCUGAUUGUUGAGGAUUUUGGCGUGAGUCUCAAUGCUAGAAGCGUCAAAUACACGUUGGGCAUUUACACAGAGUCAAGGAGAACUGGUGCCCUUCAUUAUCUGGCUUGUGGGCACUUUUGGUGGCAAGUGGACAAAGCUUUGCCAUUUCUGAUUACGAAAGGUGCAAAUCUCGAGGCCCUGGACGAUCACAGGAGGACGCCUCUUCACAUUGCACUUGAGUCCAAGAAACCAUUUGCCAAAGAGGCAGUCAGGAUCCUCAUUGAAGCUGGCGCGAAUGUCAAUGCGGUUCAGGGUGAUGGUGUCACCUGCCUGUCAAAGGCCAAAAUGGACAUCGACUUGGUCAAGCUUCUUGUCACGCAUGGCGCUGAAGUAGAUACAGCCGCCAUAAUCACUGCGUUAGAAGCUAGCCACAUCGAAAUUCUGGAGAUCCUACUUUCUCGCUGUGACUACGCCAACCUGAGGCAUGUUGGCCGCAUGAAGCUGAGAUUGGAUGACCCCGCAAUGGCUGAUGCUAGAGUACCCCUGUUGCUAUAUGCGUCUAUAUUUGAUUUUCACGAUCACGAAGCUGCAAGUCUUGAAAUAAAACAAUAUAUGGUCGAAAGUCUUCUUCGACGUGGAGCAGACCCAUUCGCUACUUGUUCUUGGAUUAGCAAACUGUCAACAUCACGUGGUAGCAGAUUUCGUCCCCAUUCUCCAUUGGCAAAGAGAAAUACGAAGAGCUUGCCGAAACAAGGUUCCACUGUGAUCCAUGAAGUUGUAAGGGGUGGUCACAUUGUGGAGCCAUUCCUCCAGAUACAAUCCCUAGACCUUGAACGCCGUGAUGGAAAUGGAAGCACUCUGCUCUUAGCUGCAUCUGAAAAUAUUGACAGGCCGGAUAACCCGAUGAGAAGGAAACCCAAUGACGAAGACAUAGGAGCAAGAUUUGUCUUUCAAAAGCUCAUUGACCUCGGGGCCGAUGUCAUGGCACAAGACGACGAUGGGAAGACAAUCCUGCACCACAUAGUAGGACGUGAGCGAUCCGGACUACGUUGUAAUUUGGAUGUUGCAUUUUCCGAAAUUUUCACGAGUAUUCUCAGCAAUAACCCCAGCCUCGUCCAUCAAGUCGACCUGGCCGGUGAAACGGCCCUACAUCACGCAAUGCGCGCUGAUUCUCACACGUAUGCUACGAUUUUACUGGACUACGGAGCCGAUCCCCUAAAGCCUGACUCCAACGGAGAUACGGGCCUCCACCAUAUAGCCCGCUCAAGUCAUUGGGACACAUCAUUAAUGCAACGACUGGUGGACUAUGGCAUCGAUAUAAAUGCCCGAAACAAUUGUGGAGAAACACCUCUCUUCAAAUACCUUGAAUUCAAUAGCUAUAUACGCUAUCGUUCUAAAAAAGCCAACCUCUCGCCUGUACCAAAUGCGGAAGCAGAGCAGCUCGACGAUCCAAUAUUGAAGCAGUUCUUAGAAAAUGGUGCUGAUAUUUUCCUAUGCGACAAACAUGGGUCAUCAUUGCUUCAUUUGCUUGCAAGCCGCGGUAUUGGAAGAAGGGGCAAACACCCUCCCGUGGAUCUCAUCAAGCGAUUCCAAUAUUUGAUGAAGCUAGGAAUGGAUCCUAUGGCUGAGGAUGGGAUGCAAAGGACAAGUUUGGAUGUUGCUGCUGCCUGUGAGAAUGAGUAUAUUUUGAAGCUGUUUGAGAGAAAGCCAAUGGGUUAG